CAACAAUCAAAUUGUGUGGACUGUCGAUUGUGAUUGCGAUAAAUAAGUGAUGAAACCAUGAAAUGAUUGAAAAAUGUGUCAUAUCAAAGUCUUGAGAAGGAGGUUUUCUCAACUAAUCAGUGUCGACGUUUCGUAUAAGAGUGACUAAUUGCGUUCAUUCUAUUGUUAAUCGAGAAUAUUGUUUCCAAGUGCUAGCCUUAGCAACAAGUAGUCGAACAAUGACAUUACUCAAGACAAAAACGUUGUUUUACAAUGCAUUUAUUACAAUAAUUUUUAUAAAUAAUAUUUCCUCGGCGUCUUCACUGCAGUGUAAAGGAGAAAAUAAUCAAGAUGUUGAUUGGUAUAUUUUAUACAAAAUUCCAAAAAUACUGAAUAGUAGCGAUCCCUUAAUCAGAGAAGGGGUUGCAUACUUAUAUAUGGAUAGUGAAAGUUUUACAAAUGGUUGGACUUUAUCGCAUCAAGAUAUUACCUCAAACAAUUCUAUUCCAGCAUACACUCUUGCUCCACUUUAUAAAGAUAGGGAUGCUAAUAAUUUAAUAUGGUUGUUAUACAAUGACCAACCUCCUAAUCAACCAGCAACUCUGAAUAAUGGACACACAAAAGGUGCAAUAAUUGCAAAUGAGAAAAGUGGUUUUUGGCUAAUACACAGUGUACCAAAUUUUCCACCACAACCAAAUACUGGAGAAAAAGUGCAAAGUGUUAGAAGUAGCAAAUCUGAAGAUGACAAGGAUGUCGAAAAAUCAAACGUUGUGGUACCAACUGGUGGUUAUGCAUAUCCUUCAUCUGGGAAACAAAAUGGUCAAAGUUUUUUGUGCAUCUCAACUAAUGACCUUAAUUUUGAUAUCAUUGGCAAACAGUUAAUGUACAAUCAAAUCAUUGUUUAUCGAAGAAAUAUACCUGAAAAUUUAUCUAACAAAUAUAGUAUUCUUGCUAAGGCAGCUCAACAAACUCAUGUCAAGAAAGCACCAUUCAACAAUAAAGAAAGUAUAUAUUCUACAAGUAGGAUGGAAUUCAUGACCUUUGCUAAGAGCAGUAAAUGGGGCAAAGAUUUAUACGAUGACUUUGUAGCACCACAAUUAGGAAUUGACAUGUAUGCUGAGACAUGGCUCAAUGGACGUGGAAGAUUACCUUCUGAAUGUAAUCAUACAAGAGUUUUGAAUGUGCAUUCUAUAUCUUUGACAGAGGCUAAAGUUCAUUUCAAAAGUUCUCAUGAUCAUUCUAAAUGGGCUGUAGCUAUUGAUGGAAAACAAAAAGCAACAUGGGUGUGUGUUGGUGACAUAAAUAGAGCUAAAACACAAUUUGACAGAGGUGGUGGAACUGUAUGUUUCAAUUCACCUGAAGUUUGGAAGAACUAUAAAAACUCAAUUGAUGACGUGGAACCUUGUCCAAAAACUAAUUCAAAAGAUUUUAUGUCUAGGUUGAGGUCUUGGCUGUAUUUUUAGUGCAAUAUAAAGAGUAUAUGCUUGAUACUUUGAUUACUGGUAAUAGUAUUAUUUUUUAUAUUGUGUACAUCUUUCUUUGAUACGCAUUUUAAAUAAUAAAAAUAUUCUUCAAAGUUAUCAAAUAAUUUUAUAAUAAAAUUAACUUUAUUGUAAAAUGG